UAUGGACAACAAGAAGCGCCUGGCCUACGCCAUCAUCCACUUUCUACAUGACCAGCUCCGGCAUGGCGGGCUCUCCUCCGAUGCCCAGGAGAGCUUGGAAGUGGCCAUCCAGUGCCUGGAGACCGCGUUUGGCGUGACCAUGGAAGAUCAUGACCUGGCGCUGCCUCAGACCCUGCCUGAAAUCUUUGAAGCUGCUGCAGCCUCCGCCACAGACAGGGACACGCCGCAGGACCUGAGGAGCCCCGAGCAACCGCCCUCUGAGGAGGACUCAGCGGAGGCGGAGCGCCUCAAGACAGAAGGAAACGAGCAGAUGAAAGUUGAUAACUUUGAAGCGGCUGUCCAUUUCUACGGGAAGGCCAUUGAGCUCAACCCUGCCAACGCCGUCUAUUUCUGUAACAGGGCUGCAGCCUACAGCAAGCUGGGCAACUACGCUGGCGCAGUGCAGGACUGUGAUCGUGCCAUCUGCAUAGACCCGUCCUACAGCAAGGCCUAUGGCCGUAUGGGCCUGGCGCUGUCCAGCCUGAACAAGCAUGCGGAAGCCGUGGCUUACUACAAGAAGGCACUGGAGCUCGACCCCGACAACGAGACCUACAAGUCCAAUCUCAAGAUCGCGGAGCUGAAACUGAGGGAGGCACCCAGCCCGACGGGAGGCACCUUCGACAUUGCCGGCCUGCUCAACAACCCAGGCUUCAUGAGCAUGGCUUCAAAUCUAAUGAACAACCCCCAAGUCCAGCAGCUCAUGUCUGGGAUGAUCUCAGGCAGCCACAACCCCCUGGGGACCCCAGGCACCAGCCUCUCUCAGAAUGAGCUGGCCAACCUCAUCCAGGCGGGCCAGGAGUUUGCGCAGCAGAUGCAGCAGCAGAACCCCGAGUUGAUCGAGCAGCUCAGGAGUCAGAUCCGGAGUCGGACCCCCAGUGCCAGCAAUGACGAGCAGCAGGAGUGAC